AUGCAAACUAUCAGGAAGGAAAUCUUAGCAAUCAUAGGCAUAGAUGACGAAGUUGUGGCAGAUUUUGUGCUUGAAAUUUGUGGAAAAUGUAAUACCAUCGAUGACUUUAUUAAACGAAUCGAAGAGCUAGACGUUAAUAUUCCUGAGCCAAAAAUUAGGACUCUUUUCAACAUCAUCACUGCGCGAAAAGAUGAUAAAAAAUGUACUGCUCAUGAAGAAGCCAAAGCUAAGGUUUCAAAAUUACUUAACGAAGAGUUAGGUCCACUAGAUCCUGUUGUUGUUGAUUUUAUUGAUGAAAUAUGUUCUAAGAAUGACUCUCUGACUGCAUUCCAUGCAGCUAUGGAGGAAAUGGAAUGUGGUAUGAGCUCUAGUUGUAUAUUUAAGAUAUUCAGGCUCCUGAAGCCUAGUAAAGCCCUUAGGAAAGAAGAACCGCAGAGGGAGAUUACUGCCCUUACACUUCCGGACACCAAACCUACAUGGGAUGAUAUCAAAACCGACAAAUACCAGCUUCCGGCAUCAGAUCCAGCCCCUAUUAAAGGGAAAAUAUACUCAGCUAAAGUCAAAACAAUUACUACUUUCGGGUGUUUUGCAAGAAUACUAGGAGUUAUGGAACGGAAUUGUGAUGGAUUAGUACAUAUAUCUGAAAUGAGCAUGGAGAGAGUUUCAUCGCCAAAAGAUGUUGUACAAAUUGGUCAAACAAUCUUUGUGAAAGUAGUGAAAAUUCAGUCUAAUGGGAAAAUAUCAUUAAGCAUGAAGGCGGUUGACCAGCAAACGGGGAAAGAAGUAGUUGAACAAUUUAGUAAACCACUUACGAGAGAUCGUCAAACUCGGAAGCUUACUUCUGCAGAAAGAUGGGAGAUCAUGCAAUCGAUUCAAAGUGGUGUUGCAUCCAUAGAUGACUUCCCUGAGCUACAAGAGGAAAUGCGGGAGCAACAUGACAAUUCACGGGAGACUCAGUCUAAGAAACGGAUUCCUGUUGCAGAAGAAGUUAUUUCAGUGGAACUUAAUACCAAAUUUGAGCCAAAAUUUUUAGUGGGACAAGUUGAUCAAUUCAAAAGGCCCGAAAUGCCAACGAUUGCCAAAGUUCCCAAGGGAUCGAUGGCUAAUGUAUCUCUUAAUGGAUCGCAUACAUUGCUGGAGCACAGAAAGAUUAAGAUUAAGAAGAAAAAGGAAGCUGAAGCGGAGCUUAGACGCCAAAGGAAUUUGGAUGAUCCUAUACUGGCUCCAGAAAAGGAAUUUACUGACAAGCAGCUUGCUACUACUGCAUGGGAAAGGAAUAGAAUGAAAGAAAAUAUUACAUACGGCAAAAGGGUGAAUCUGCCAAUGAAACAGCAAAGGGAAAGCCUCCCAAUAUUUUCCUUGAGACAAGAAUUAGUAAAUGUUAUUUCAGCCAAACAAUUUGUUGUAAUUGUUGGUGAAACCGGUUCAGGUAAAACAACACAGUUGACACAAUAUUUGUACGAAGAAGGCUUCACAGUUAAUGGUAUCAUAGGAUGUACACAACCACGUCGUGUUGCUGCAGUUUCGGUCGCCAAAAGAGUAGCUGAAGAAAUGGACUGUGAUCUGGGGCAGGAAGUUGGGUAUACAAUCAGAUUUGAAGAUGAGACCUCGCCUAGGACGAAGAUUAAGUAUAUGACAGAUGGUAUGCUUCAAAUAGAGGCGCUACUGGAUCCUUUAAUGUCUAGAUAUUCUGUAAUAUUACUAGAUGAAGCCCAUGAACGUACUGUUGCCACAGAUGUAUUAUUUGCAUUACUGAAAAAGGCAGCAAUGAAGAGACCUGAUUUGAAGGUUAUUGUAACAUCAGCGACAUUGGAUGCGGGCAAGUUUUCCAGAUAUUUCAACGACUGCCCAAUAGUCAAAAUUCCUGGGAGAACAUUCCCUGUAGAUGUGAAAUAUGCUGAAACUCCCCAAAUGGAUUAUAUCGAAAGUGCUUUGGACACGGUUAUGGAAAUACAUAUUAAUGAGGAUCCAGGGGAUAUAUUAGUAUUUCUGACUGGCCAAGAGGAGAUUGACACUUGUUGUGAAAUAUUAUAUGAGAGGAUCAAGACAUUAGGAGAUGCGGUCCAACAACUGGUUUUACUUCCUGUGUAUUCGGCACUGCCGAGCGAGAUACAAUCCAAAAUUUUUGAACCCACACCCGAGGGGACUCGGAAGGUUAUCUUUGCUACUAAUAUUGCAGAAACUUCGAUCACUAUUGAUGGAGUUUAUUAUGUUGUUGAUCCUGGGUUUGCAAAAGUAAACACAUAUAAUCCUAGAGCCGGUAUGGAACAGCUUAUUAUAUCGCCCAUUUCACAGGCCCAAGCCAAUCAACGUAAGGGAAGAGCAGGAAGAACAGGCCCUGGUAAGUGUUUCCGUUUAUACACUGAAGCUGCCUUUAAUAAUGAAAUGAUGCCAAAUUCUGUCCCAGAGAUACAGCGUAUGAAUCUUGAGCAUACAAUUUUGAUGUUAAAGGCAAUGGGAAUUAAUGACUUGUUAAACUUUGAAUUUAUGGACCCACCGUCGAAAUCCUCGAUGGCCCAAGCAUUGGAAGCGUUAUAUAAUUUACAGGCUUUGGAUGAUGAUGGAUAUCUAACUACACUAGGCAAACAGAUGUCACAAUUUCCUAUGGAACCUUCGCUCUCUCGAGCGUUAAUUGCUGCGGUUGGAAAUAAUUGUUCUGAUGAAAUUCUGACUAUUAUUUCGAUGUUGUCUGUUCAAAAUGUAUUCUACAGGCCCAAAGAAAAACAACAAGAAGCCGAUACCCGGAAGGCUAGAUUCCAUCACCCUUACGGAGAUCAUUUAACAUUAUUGAACGUUUACAAGCGUUGGCAGGACAAUAAUUAUAGUAAAACUUUUUGCAUUGAGAAUUUCCUUCAUGAGCGCCAUAUGAAGCGGGCUAGAGACGUUAAGAACCAAUUACAGCUAAUUUUCAAGAAACUAGGCUUACCGGUUGUAAGUUGUCACAACCAGUUGGAUCUAAUAAGAAAAUCAUUGGUAUUUGGGUUUUUUAGAAAUGCUGUUAAAAGAGAUAUAACUGCUGGGUACAAAAGAAUAGUAGAUGGUACAUCGGUCAGUAUCCAUCCGUCAAGCUCUUUGUUUGGAAAAGAAUAUGACUAUUUAAUAUAUCACAGUCUUGUAUUAACUACAAGAGAAUAUAUGUCGAAUGCAACUGUCAUUGAUCCUCAAUGGCUAACUGAGACUGCGCCCCAUUAUUAUAAAGUUGCUGAUGCAGACAGUGAUUCUAAGAAAAAAGCCAAAAUCAUACCACUACAUAAUAGAUUUUCCAAGGACCAGGACUCUUGGAGAUUGAGUUCUAUUAGACAGUCUAAGGAAAGGGCAUUAGGAAUAAAAAGAUAA